AUGACGACGACGACGAGGACAUCUCCACCCCUUUUGUUAGGCGCUUCUUCGGUGAGGAUCGUCGGUCGAGAACAAAAAAGGGAGAGAAGAAGGAAGAUUAAUCCUUCUCCGCCGGGGGUGAGCGCGUUCUUUAACAACAACGCGGAGAAGAAGAAGAAGAAGAACGAUGACGACGAGGACGACGAGAAAAGAAGAGGAAAAGCAAAGAAAACCAUAGAGUACGACCAGAUACGACCAGGGCAAGGACCGAACGCGCCAAAGUUUCCAGAGAUUUGCGAGUAUUUGGUGUCGUCGAACUCGAAUUCGAGCACAGUUGAAGGCAUUUCUCCCUUGGCGUUUCGAGAGAGAUAUUACGACAACGAUGACGAAAAAGGAAUGAAAGGGUUAUUAUGGAAUAAAACGAGUAGUGAUAGCAAAAAGAAUACGUAUUAUCUCGAUCUGCGGCAACCGUUAGAACACGAGGAUUGGCAAGUGCCUCCGUUUCAAGGCGGAUGCGCCUACCAGAUUCCGUCGAAGAACGCUUUUCGUAGAAUAUCCGGGUACGCUUUGUCAAUCAAAGGAGGUCUGAAAGAACGCGACGAAGAGUUCGUGAAAAAGGUUUAUGAGACUUGUAAUGAGGAUUUAUCGGCGACAGUUAUCGUGUGCGAUUUGAAAGGUGGGUCGAUAAAAAAAGCGCAAAGUUCGGAAGCGAGUAACCGAGGCGUGAUCGAUCGCUCGGAUUCGUUCGCCGUGCGAGCGUGUUACGAGCUCGUCCAAGCGGGGUUUUCUGACGUGAAAUUCAUAGAAGGUGGGUUCCCCGGGUUAAUCGAUGACGCAGGAUUACCGUACACGAGUGAAAAGUUUUCGGAUUUAUUACGAAAUCAAUCGGAAGGGAACAGGAAACUCUUAAUGUACGCGAAACUCUUACCGGAUCCGACGAUAUUACCCGGCGUUUUGAUUCAAGGCGGCGUGUUUCUCAUAUUCGGGUUGGCGUUUUAUAACGUCAACGGUUUUGGGGAUUAUCUCAGUGAAAACGUCCCGGCUGCGUGUAGCUUCUUGCCUAUAAAAUCAGAGAGAAAGUAUCAAGAGCUUUAUUACACACACACACACGCGCACCUAGAGAGAGAGAGAGAGAGUAUCGCCGGCGCUCUCGCUGUGAAAGCAUCAGACAUGGAAGAAAACGAGCACCUUUUACCGGGCAGCCCGUUUCCCCGUGAAAUUUCAUCAUCAAAGAACAAGAAGAAGAGAGGAUCGUCGUGGUUCGUAAAAGUCCUCCUCGUCUCGCUCAUCAUCUUGCUCUCCGUCCUGGGAACGGUUGGUUUCCUCUCAAACGCAGUCGUUACGCGAGAGGACGAACACCAGACGAGAACAAAGAUGAUUCUCAUGAAAUUCCUCUCCCUCGGGGACGCGGGAGGAGCGCAAAAAGCAAAGGAGGAGAAAAAAGCAAAAAAUGGCUUCAAAAUACGCGUUCCAUUCCUCCGGCAUCACGGUUCGGAAAAACCACGCGAAACAUCCGAAAAGAAUGUAGGACCAAUCGAAAUGGCCAAAAGAAGUCUCUCGAAAGAACACGGGAACAACGAAGACUUGGUGAAAGUGAUGGAGGAGAACGCGAAGAAGAGGCUGUUGUUUAAGGCGGCGGCGGAGGCGAGGGAGGGACCCGCGAGGGGUCUGGACGAGGACGAGAACAUCGCGGGCGACGGUGAGUCCGUUGGGGGUGACGAACAACGUCGCGUGAGUAGUCCUCGCGCUGUAUCGGUUUCUUCGUCGGCGGAGGAUGACGAUGAUGAUGAUUCGAAUAAGAGGUCCCCGAGAGAGCAACAACAACGACAACGACAACAACAACAAACGAAUGCGAAUACGAAUACGAAGAAGAAUGUACCAAAAGCGAAAAACACGAACAAGGAAGUGCCGAAUUAUAAAUCUCAAGCCGAAGCGAAUUUACGAAUGAUACCGACGAGUUUGUUCGAUUUGUUCAAAAGUAAAGAGUACGAGGAAGAGGAGAAAGAAGAGAAGAGUUACUUUGAGAACAACGCCAAGUGCGAGAACGUGUUUACGUUGGGAUUGGAAGGCGUCGGGCACCACGCGUUUCAGAUGGGGAAAGACGCGUUCGUGAAGACACUUUUGAGAGAACAUUUGGGGAACGUUGAAGAGAAGAAAAAGAGUGGUAAUACGAAUAAUAACAAAGACAUAGUCGAAAUGCACGCGCGAGAGGAGGACCGGAUGUUUAUCGAUAACGACGACCAUUUUUGGAACUUGAUUCUCGAGAACAAAUACGACGAGAUUUUCAAGACGUUUCGAAAAGGAUGCGAAGAAGUGGCGAAAAAGAACGGGAACGAAAAAACGGCGUGUUAUAGCACUCGGUCGUUUUCGUUCCCGCAUAAGUUAGGUCCGUUUGCGACUGGAUCGGGUUUAGACGUGAACCACGCGCAGCGAUGGGACCCGAGAAACCCAGAGCAUCGAAAAUAUCUCUUCGAUCACGGCCAUCCGAUUAACAUUUUGAAAUACUUCGAGGCGGCGGAACGGAACGGAUGUCAAGUGAAAUUCAUCUUGUUGCAUAGAAAUAUCGUAGAAACCGCGCGUUCGCACAAAACCUGGGAUCAAGGAUUAGAGAAACAUUUGAACGUUCUGAAAAUGUUCGCGGAAUACAUCGACGUCUCGUUGGCAAACUUACCGAGCAACUCGUGGCGACGAGUCAACUACGAAGAUUUUUGGCGACCUCACGAAGAACGCGACAGAAUCUUCCAAACCUUAGCGACGGACUUUUUGCACUGGUCCUCCGACGCGCACGAAUCGUUCAUGAACAGUCAGUUCGAUUUGAACGUCCACCCGAGAAAGUACAAAACGAACGAUAAACCGCCGUGCGACGAAGUUCGAGAGUUGGAUCGAGUGCAGCGGAAUUUCUUCGAUAGGAAGUUGACGUCGUACUCGAAGCGAGAGAAACACGUGACGAACUUACCGUUGUCGCAUUUCUUCACCGAGUCGCCGAACAAGGCUUUGUACGAGCAGUGCUGGGAAGCGUCCAAGGCGAGUUUACUCGGUAAACAAUAA